CGUAGUCACUUUAUAACCCCAAACACGUCAAUGAAGUUGGUCGUUAGGAGAGCAGUUAGCGAGAAGAUACCGCUCCAGCCUCAUUGUUUAUCGAUCCCUAGCGCUAUGUUUAGAGUUAAUUUAGAAUAAUUCGCGUUUUUGAAGUCUCAGACGUUCACAUCAGACAGCUGACUGUUAACAAAGUGAACUUUAUUGUGGACUUUUCGGGUGUUUUCAUGAUGGAGGAUCGGAAAGAAGAGAACGAAGCAGAGAUUCAAGAACACGGACCCGAGCAUUGGUUUUCAAACUGGGAGAGGCAGUGCCUCGCCGAGGCCGACCAAGGAGAACCGAGCGAAGAGGAGGUCGACCAAAACCGAGAAAAACUCUGGCAUAUGUUUCAAAAUUCGGCUACUGCGGUGGCGCAGCUUUAUAAAGAUCGAGUUUGCCAUCAACAAGGACUGUCCCUGUGGGCGCCGUUUCAGAACGCAGCAACAGCCGUGACCAACCUGUACAAAGAAAGCGUGGAUGCACAUCAGCGAAGCUACGAGCUUGGGAUCCAGACGGGUCAACAGAGACGCAACAAGGAAGUCCUGGCCUGGGUGAAGAAGCGAAGGAGGACCAUCCGGAGGGAGGAUCUGAUCAGCUUCCUGUGCGGCAAAGCGCCGCCUCCGAGGGUCUCCAGAGCCACGCCCAGAAUCCCGCCCAACCGGCCGCCUUCGUCAGACGCAGUCUCAUCUGUAGAAACAGACCUGCAGCCUUUCCGUGAAGCCAUCGCACUGCACGGUUUGAGCGGCGCGAUGGCCAGCAUCAGCGUCCGUUCCGGCACUCCGGGUUCUCCCACCCACGUGAGCGGCGGCUCGAACCCGGGCCGCAGGAGAAACGGCCUCCACGACGUCGACUUGAACACUUUUAUAGCGGAGGAGAUGGCGCUGCACCUGGAGAACGGCGGCGGCAGGAAGCGCACGAGCGCCCAGUGCAGCGACGUCAUCACGGACUCGCCGACCCACAAACGCAACAGGACGAUCUGAGCUCGAGAAUACACACACACACACACACACACACACACACACAUACAUGCUGCUCGAAAAUAAAGCCACUUAAUCCUCAGUAUGUUUCUGUUCCAGUUUGAAAGGAAGCCAUCGAACGUGUAACACACGCAGACGCUGUAGUACCUCGAUGUUCACGUUAUUUUACUGAUUUUUGCCACGUGAUGAUUAAUACGUAGAUGAGGGGAUAAAAAGAACGGAGCAGCCUUAAAGGGACACGUCACCCAAAAAUGCUCACUUAGUGCUGAUCAGGUAGCUUUCACGCGUGACGCACGUUUGUACGUAACGUAACGUAAUCGUACGGAAAGACAGAUGGCUGCAGAACCAAAAGUCCAGGGGGUGGAGCUGGACCUGAUCCGACUCCUCCUCUAACCCCAGACCCACGACACACUUCGACAUCACGUCAAGUCGUCUCCGCCCAGGUAGGCGGAGCUGGAUCAGGUCCGACUCCACCCCCUGGAUUUUUAAAUUUUUUAUUUUGGGUUCUGCAGCGAAGGAUACUUGCUGCUUUUUCACCUCUCGGAAAGCGAGACAAACACACGGAAGACGGAAUGGAGGUGGAAAAAAAACGUCAAAUUGAAAAUAUUUCACUGAUUUUACGCUGUAACUAAAAUUACCAACGUGUGUAUUUUUGGGAUUAAAAAAAAAAAAGACAUGAUUUUUUUUUUUUCCCAAUUUAAAGUGCGAAAGCAGCCUUGGAUUGAUCGUUAGUACAGUAUCGGAUAUUUUUGGGUGAAGUUUUCAGCCUCACGCUGCCAUAAUCACAACAAACCAUAGAGACUGUGCAUUAUAUAACAGUAUUGCCACUUUAUCCACUCGGAAUCUUCCGGAGUUUCUAGGAUUUGAAUGAUUAUUCGUUACAAAAGCCACGUUAAUAUAUAUUUAAUAUAUAUAUAUAUAUAUAUAUAUAUAUUUUCUUCUUCAUCUUGCUUUUCAUCAUGACGUCUUUAUUAUUAUUUCUGUCGAACAUACAGUCUCUGUGGGGGGAAAAAAGGGACUAUACUGUAAUUUUCCGUGUUGCUGAAGUCGUACCUUUGACGUGUGGAGGGAAUGUGGAUAUAGUGUACCUUUAAAAAGGAAAAAAAAAAAGGGAUUGACCUUUUCAAGCUUUCAAUACACACUUUAUUCACAUUUCUAUGUAAAGAUGGAUACUAAAGGUGUGCUCUUGAUAGGGAAAAGUACAGUUUUAGUACCUUUUUCUCCCCCGAGAGUGUAUGGAGAGCAAUAUUUCAAUUCAAAGCUGCUGCUUCUUCGGAUCUGAUUCAGUUGCAAUAAAAAUAAAACUAACCUUGAGCUCAUCUUUAAACGUUCGUACAUCUUUUGAAUUUUUCUUUCGUUCUUUUUGUGCAAUGCAUAAAAGGGUCAGUGGCUCAAAAUUACGUCGAAAAGGAAACUUUAUUGCUGAUGGGCUUGAAAUUAAAGUGUCCUUUAAAACCAGUGUUUCUUAAAGGACACCUCGUAAGGAUGUGAUGCUAGGAGGGAAAAAAAAACAAAAUGUCCUCAAAUGUGCAGAUUUUUACAGCUGAUCUGGACAAUUGACCAUUUACCUUUACACAGCGCUCAAACUAACAUUUAUUAUGUACUGAUUAUUAAAAAGUCUUUGGAUUAGAGUUUUAAGACGAACAUUAUUGACUCUAUAAGCAUUAGAUUUUAUUGUGAGAGAAAAUCAAACAGAUUGGUAUAAGUAGUUAAAAGUUUUUCUUUUUAAAAAAAGAAGAAAAAGAGCUAGCUUUGAGUUGUUGGUGUUUGAAAAGAAAUUGUGUUGAAAAAUGUUUCAAUCCCAAACGAACCACAUGACCUUCUCGUCUUUCUCCUCUUUCUCUACUCUUCAUCGUCAAAUGUUACGAAACACUACCUGUCCCAGGUUACGUAGAAUCCACUAACACUUUAUUUCCGUUUUCCAUAAAAGAAAAAAAAUUGAAAAAAAAAACAAACAAAAAAAAUCGUCGUCCCUGAAAACGCCUCGGUUGCAGUUUGACUUUUAGUCGUAUGUACAAAAAGAUGUGAAGUUUACAGCAUUCUGCCACAGAAAUGUUAGUAAAUUAUUUGCUGAAAUAAAACUAAAAAUGUCCUAA